UAAAGUAAACUGUCAUGAUUUUUGGAAUAUCAAAAUUGAACCGAGUGUCAUGUAAUUUUAACAAUGUUUUAAAUGGCUUUACAGUUAAUUAUUAUUUAAAUAUUUCAGUAUGAAAUUAUCGCGUUUAAAAUUAAUAUGGCAAGGAAGCCCUAGGGUUAUAUUAAAAUGUGGGGGGUCAAGAGAGCUUGACAGAGUGGGUGGUAUACCAAUGACAAUCCGUCAGAGACUUUCUAGCGCUGUCAGUGCAGCAGGCCAAGAGCAAUGUAUUCUGGACUCUUGCAGCAUCAGCCCCAGCUGCCAAGAGCCGCGAGUGAUCAUCGUGGGCGCUGGCAUGGCUGGGCUAUCAGCUGCUCACCGCCUCACACAGUGUGGAGUUAGGAACUUUGUUGUCCUUGAAGCUAAAGAAAGACCUGGAGGUAGAAUCCAUUCAUGUUGGCUGGGCGAUGCAGUUAUUGAGAUGGGUGCAGAAUGGAUAUACGGUGCUUGCUUGCCCAAUACCGUAUACACACUAGCAUCUCAAGACCGACUGUUGCAAACACCACUAGCACGGUUAGAUGCAUCACGUGGUUUGUUCUGCACCAGCGAAGGCAGAGCCGUCGAUCUGCCAGUCACAAUAACAGCAUACCACACGUUUCGGCAAAUAGAACAGCAAGCUGCUAAUUUAUUUAGACUUGGCGGUGAAAGGCAACAUGGUACGUUGUUGAAUUUUGUGGGUCUUCGUAUACAACAAGAACUUUAUAACUUCCCUGAGGAUCAGAGGUACGAUGCAGCAAGAGUAAUGUUCGGAUUGACUAAUAUCUUAAGAAACAGAUGUGGCGAUGAUUUAUCACUCGUUAGCGCAGAUCAGUAUGGAAGCUAUAUAGAACUUCCAGGUGGAAACGUCAGAGUACCCCUCGGUUAUGUGGGUGUGAUGGCACCUUUGCUCAGGGGGCUUCCAGAUAAUAGCAUUAGAUACAAUAAACCGGUAAACGUCAUUCGAUGGGGUCGGGGUCAGGCAGGAGCUGGCCGAGUACUCGUAAAAUGUUGUGAUGGUGAAGAAUUAACAGCCGAUUAUGCUAUUGUUACGAUGUCUCUUGGCUGUUUAAAAUGUCAAGCCGACAAACUGUUUGCACCACCGCUGCCAGUUUGUAAGUUAGACGCUAUUUGCAACUUAGGGUUUGGUCUAAGCGAUAAAGUAUUUCUUGAAUACGCUGAGCCCUUCUGGGUAUGCCAUGAAGGAAGUUUAAAAAUGGCCUGGUCAGCCGAAGAACUUCAUUGUAGAUGCGACUGGCUUAGAGGCGUAUGUUCUGUAGAUGAAAUGCCAGGCAGUAAACAUGUGCUUUGUGCUUGGAUUUCGGGUCAAGAGGCUGCCGUAAUGGAAUCGAUGGCCGAUAAUGAUGUUGCAGAAGGAUUAACACAGUUGCUACGCAGAUUUACCGGCAAUCCUUGUCUGCCUUAUCCACAAAUGAUGUUGCGUUCGCGCUGGGCAUCGGAUCCACAUUUCUGUGGGGCUUACUCAUAUAUGAGUUGCUGUUCAACUGUAAGCCAUCAGUGCGAGCUGGGCACACCUGUCCCAGGGCCUUGUGAUCCACAACCUCCAAUUAUUCUCUUUGCGGGUGAAGCUACUGUACCUGGAUAUUUUGCUACUGUACAUGGAGCCCGAUUGAGUGGAAUACGGGAAGCUGAGAGGAUUAUUCAGCUAACCAAAAAAUUUGAGGGUCCUCCGCGUUAAGUGUCAAUUAACCCUGUUUGUAUUUUGUUUAAUUUACUUACUACACCUGUAACUGUUAAAUUUUUUGAUGAAUAUAAAUAUUUUAACUA